UCUCUCUCUCUCUCCCACUUCAGGCUGCUUCGAAUUCGAAACCCUAGAAGCUUCUUCUACUGCAACCAUGGAUUCUUCUCAAACCAAUUCCAAGAAACCGCCCCUGGUGAUCGGAGGUAUGGCCGAUUCUGGUGGUACAAACCCUAAAUUCCAAUCAGGUGCCCCCGAUUCGACCCUCGGGGAUGGCUUCUCCAAUCCGGGACUUAAGAGAGAUUCAAGAAACUAUGAGAACGAUGAUGAUGAUAUUAAUAGCUUGUCUACCAAGAAACCGAGGACCACGACGAUCGGGAACACCUCUCAGGGUUGUCAAAAAAUCGUCCCCUUGGAUGUGAAACCAUUGACGAUCGUGCCACCUGAAACUCCGAAGCUCUCUAGACAGUUUUGGAAAGCUGGCGAGGACGACGAAUCUGUGCCUCUACCUCACUAUUGUAGCAAUGAUGCGGCGGUUAGGGUCCACCCUCAAUUUCUUCAUGCGAACGCCACAAGCCAUAAGUGGGCACUUGGAGCUUUGGCUGAACUUCUUGACAAUUCUCUAGACGAGGUGAAUAAUGGGGCUACAUAUGUUCAUGUCAAUACAGCAACUAAUGAAAGAGACGGAAAAAGCAACAUUCUAAUUGUUGAAGACAAUGGAGGUGGGAUGAAUCCUAGUACGUUUAGAGAGUGCCUUUCUUUAGGGUAUUCAAGAAAACGCAAUAUGGCUAAUAGGGUUGGUCAAUAUGGGAAUGGAUUCAAAACUAGUACAAUGAGGCUUGGUGCUGAUGCAAUUGUCUUCUCACGUUGUCGAGGAACCAAUGGAAACAAUCCGACACAGAGCAUUGGCAUGCUAUCAUAUACGUUUCUUUACGAGACAAGAAAGUGUGAAGCAAUUGUCCCCACGGUUGAUUAUGAGUUGGUCAAUAACGAGUGGAAGGAGAUAGUUUAUAACUCCAGAGAUGAGUGGUCUGAUAAUUUAGAGACCAUAAUGAAGUGGUCACCUUACCUAUCAGAACAAGACUUAUUGGACCAGUUUGAUCACCUAGAAGAGCAAGGUACUCGGAUCGUGAUAUAUAAUCUAUGGGAGGACGAUGAAGGGAAGUUGGAACUUGACUUUGAUACAGACCCUCAUGAUAUUCAACUCAGAGGUGUAAACAGAGAUGAGAAGAACAUCGAAAUGGCCAAAGCUAAUCCUAACUCGAGGCAUUUCCUGAGUUAUCGACACUCACUACGUAGUUAUGCAUCGAUUCUGUAUCUCGAACGUCCAUCAAAUUUCAGAAUCAUUCUUCGUGGUAAAGAUGUUCAACAUCACAGCAUCUUAGACGACAUGAUGAUGAUGGAAGAGAAAACAUACAAACCUAUGCGUUCUCCAGAAUGGUCAUCAGAUCAAGCCGAGAUGUGUGCUACUAUAAAGCUUGGCUUUGUGAAAGAUGCUCGUCAUCACAUUGACAUACAAGGGUUCAAUGUUUACCAUAAGAACCGGCUUAUCAAGCCAUUUUGGAGGGUUUGGACUGCUGCUGGAAGUGAUGGACGCGGUGUUAUUGGUAUAUUGGAAGCUAAUUUCAUACAACCAGCUCAUAAUAAGCAAGGUUUUGAGAGAACUGCGGUUCUUGCUAAACUUGAAGGCCGAUUUGAUCACCUAGAAGAGCAAGGUACUCGGAUCGUGAUAUAUAAUCUAUGGGAGGACGAUGAAGGGAAGUUGGAACUUGACUUUGAUACAGACCCUCAUGAUAUUCAACUCAGAGGUGUAAACAGAGAUGAGAAGAACAUCGAAAUGGCCAAAGCUAAUCCUAACUCGAGGCAUUUCCUGAGUUAUCGACACUCACUACGUAGUUAUGCAUCGAUUCUGUAUCUCGAACGUCCAUCAAAUUUCAGAAUCAUUCUUCGUGGUAAAGAUGUUCAACAUCACAGCAUCUUAGACGACAUGAUGAUGAUGGAAGAGAAAACAUACAAACCUAUGCGUUCUCCAGAAUGGUCAUCAGAUCAAGCCGAGAUGUGUGCUACUAUAAAGCUUGGCUUUGUGAAAGAUGCUCGUCAUCACAUUGACAUACAAGGGUUCAAUGUUUACCAUAAGAACCGGCUUAUCAAGCCAUUUUGGAGGGUUUGGACUGCUGCUGGAAGUGAUGGACGCGGUGUUAUUGGUAUAUUGGAAGCUAAUUUCAUACAACCAGCUCAUAAUAAGCAAGGUUUUGAGCGAACUGCGGUUCUUGCUAAACUUGAAGGCCGAUUGAUUCAUCACCAAAAGCAGUACUGGUCUUCAAGGUGCCAAGAGAUUGGUUAUGCUCCAAGACGGAAACAAAAAAGUUAUUAUGAAAGUAAUGUUACAGAAACCACUCGGCCUUUGAACAAGACAAACCUUAAUAGGGGACCAUCUCCUACUGCAGCACCAGCUCCAUCCAGGCAAAAUGUUGAAUCAUUUGUAAGAAACCAAAACACUCAGGUUAAUACACAACAAGCAAGUGCUGUAAAAAUACAACCUGAGAUCAGGUCUACGAACAAAAACCCUCUUGGGAGAAGUUUCCAAGAAACAGGCUCAUUUAAUCUAGAAGCAGAGUUGCAGAAGGUGAAACAGAAGUCAGCCGAACUGGUCUCUGAGUUGCAGAGAGAAAAAGCACAACUUCAGUUGCAACUUGAGGAGUCAAAAGCUAAGAUCCAAAACUUGGAAAAUCGGCAGGAGGGAGUGAAUAAAAUCUUUCAUGAAGAAAGAGCCCGCAGAGAUGUGACUGAGAAUGCCUUAAGGAAGAGACUAAGGGAAGCUUCUGAUGAGAUCGAUGGGCUAAAGAGGCAAGUGGAGACCUUUAAAGGAAAACACAUGUUGUAAACAUAGUGUCAAGAAUCAAG